UCAACCUCGAAGCGUUGUAGCUUCGACUUUUCAAAAUAAAUGGAAAAAUGUUAAAAAUUUUAGUAUGAAAAUCGGAACAAAAUCAACCAAAAUUAUCAGUUGAUCAUUAAAGUAAAUUUUUAAAAGCCUCAAGCUGCAGCAGCCAGCGCCUCCCGUUACUUCUCCCUCUUUCGGCGCUGCCUCCCAACAGCCACCGGCUCCUGUUUUGAUUCCGCCACCACCGCCACCUCCACCACCAUCAUUGCUGUCUAGAACUCGAACAACGCCAUUUGACGCCUUGUCCUCGCAACCAUCAACAUCGACACGUCCGCCAAUUAGACUACGAACGAACGGCAUGCAGGGACUAUCGGAGGCGACGGCCAUACGUUUAUUCAAUAGUGUCGUAGCAACAGAUCAGCUGACUGCUCCGAUAACGGCACUCAAUGCUGUCUCACUUACGCCAGUCAAUGCUGUAGACGAGCGCAAAUCGGUAACGGCGGUGCAUUCGACAAAUGAGUUUGGUAAUACGUGUCGCAUUUGCCGUUGCAAUCGAAGCGACAUACAACUAACGCCAUGUCCAUGCCAAUGUCGCGGCAGUGUGGGUUUUGUGCAUUUGCCGUGUCUGAAGCGUUGGAUUUUGCAUCGACGCGGCACACAUUGUGAAAUUUGCAAUGCUCCAUUCGACAUACCGGAUGAGAAGUUGAAUUUACGCCGCAUGUUGCGCGCUCUGUUCUGUGCGCGUUGUGGCGGUUCUAUAAUGAAACAUUUGCUCUUUAGCCUCUCACUGCUACCGCUGGCUCAUGUGGUGCUCCAACAGGUACUCAUUUGCAUGGAUAAUAUCAACACUAGCCCCAACGAGCAUUUGACAGUGCAGGAAGUGGUGGUGGCAUCGUGUGCGCUUUUAACUUCAAGUGCACUCUUCUUCCACUUCUUCGAGUUUAUAACUACUCGUUUCCUACUCAUUCGCAAUAUUCUUAACCAGUGGUGGAUGUUUGGCAACCAGGAGAAUUUUACAGUCAUCGAAGUGGACAGUGAAUAUUUUGAUGUGUUUUAACUUGCCAGCAAUGCAUUAAUGCAUUAAAAAAAAUUAAGAAACUACGAACACCACCACGGAGCAUACAAAGUAAUACGAAAGAAAUUAAAAAUAUCAAAUUAUUUAUUAUUGUAUAUUUUGAUGAGAUUUAUUUUAGCUAAAAAGUAUUUUAUAUUCAUAUUAGAAACGACAAUAGAUACAUUUUCCUUUA